AUGAGUAAUCUCAAUUCAGAAGUGAUUCAAGAAGAUGUGGAAAUGGAGGAUGUGGAUGAAUUGGUAGAAACUCCAAUCAAAAACUCACCCAAUCUUAGUAGUAAAAAGCGAGUUAGUGAUUCCACUGAAAAAUCAUCCAAAAAACAUCUUACCCAGUAUAAAGAUCUACCAGAGCAUGAAGCCCAGAAAAAGAUUAAUAAUGAAGUUAGAGAUCAACUCCCAAAGGAGAUUUCCAAACCCACAAUUUGA